CGGUGAUGAGUUGUUCAUCGCAGCUGUUCAUCGCAGUACUUGUACAGAUGACAAUAAAUCCGACUUGACUUCACUCUAAGUUUAUAUUUAACCAUCGUUUUACACCCCAGUUCGUUUCUUUUUAGACCAUGACAUUUUCUAUCCUGCUCUAAACUGUCCCAUAACAUUCCCUGCGUUUACAUUUAUAUACCGGUCUGUUUAACAUCUCACUAACCCCUCCAUGGGUAUUUGAGGACAGGACACGAUCACCUAGAACACGUUCACCCUGAAAACCUACAGCAAACGUGCUGGAGACGGCAGCGUACGCGGUGGACACUCGCGGUACAGAGGGAUCACAAGGGAUCAGCAGCUCCCAAUCAGUGAAAGCAGUUUCAAACCAGGAAGUGGCAGGAGUUAAAAUGGCUUCUAAACGCCAGGUCGAGAGUUUAACAGAGGAGGCACUUUGUCCCAUCUGCCUGGAUUUCUUCGCCGAUCCGGUGUCACUGGAGUGUGGGCACAACUUCUGCCGCUCCUGUAUCACACAGAGUUGGGACAGGGAGGUGAGAAACUCCUGCCCGGAAUGUAGAGACGAGUUUACAGACCGCACCCUCAGGGUUAAUCGGGCCUUGGCGAGACUGUCUGAGAAAGUUCGAACACUGAGCCUGAAUACAGAAGAGAAGGAAAGUAAACAUCACUGCGACAAACAUCAGGAUGAACUGAAGCUGUUUUGUGAAACGGACAAGAAACUGAUCUGUGUGAUUUGUGCAGCUGGGCGGGAACACAAGUCUCACAGCUUCAUGCCGGUCGAUGAAGCUGUUGAAACCUACAAGGAUCAGGUUAAAUCAUCCAUACAAUCUCUGACAACAAAUAAAUCUGCCAUCCAGGAAAUGGAAGAGCAACAGAAGCAAAAGAUUUCCCAAGUCCGGGAGCAGUCACAAAGCCUCAAGUCUCACGUCACAUCUCAGUUUGUAGAACUGCACCAGAUUCUCGUGAAGAAAGAGCAGCACAUUCUCGGAGAGAUCAAGGAGGAUGAGGAGAAGAUUCUAAGUCAAAUGGAGAAAAUCUUCAAGACAUUCAAGAGAAUUUAAACUCUAUUGAGGAGGAACUCUCAAAUCUGCAGGGGCGAAUGGAUCAAACAGACAUCGUGUAUUUC